AUGAACGGCACCGAAGAUGACCGGUCUCUGGAAGACGCGGACGGCCGAGCUUCUGAUGCAGUGGAGAGUGGUGAGGAGGACGAGCACGGCUACGUCCACCCAGCUCGACUCAAUGGCGCCGAGGUGCGGCGGCCGAGCGUACCCUACCACACCCGCAACCUCAUCAGGCAGCUGCCAUCUAGGAAUCUGGAUGACCUGAGCCCUGUAGAGCCCGAUGCCGUAGUCUCCGAGAAACCUCAAGGCGACAAGGUGCCACCGACGACUGCACCCUCUGACGUCGGGAGCAGCAGGCAGCGUGAUAACUGGCGCUACCUGACACUCCGCGUGCGUGCAGCCACAGCAAACAAUGCCAAUGACAUGAAUGCUGAUGACCUGUUCAACAUUCUGCGAGCCGACAGCAACUUCUCGGAGGCCGUUGCACUGGCUACGCUACGCAAUUCUAAACAGAGCCUGACACUGAAGCGCUCAGUCAAGCGCCGCCUGACGUCGUCGAGGGCCGACCACGCCAGCGCCGCUCAGCGCAGCGUCUCAUGGUGGCGGAGGACCAAGUUCUCAUUUGCAAUGGCGAUGCAGCGGCUCAAGCGUGGCCUGCUGGACGCACUUUCUCACGUGGACCUGUGGCACAGCCACCUCAAGGACAUCCAGGGCAACUUUGGCUCCGGGGUGGCCUCAUACUUUCUCUUCCUACGUCGUCUGCUCGCGCUCAACUUCUGCAUGGGUGCCCUGCUGGUGGGUUUUGUAAUAGUGCCUCAGCUGAUCUACUCGCGGUCCCCGUCACCUGUGCGGUCAGAUGUCUCCAACAUUUUUGGUUAUAAGGACCCAUUCAUCAACAUCUUCACAGGAGCUGGCCUGUUUGCGGACACGGUCAUGUACUACGGCCACUACUGCAACGUCACAGUACGGUGGCCUCAAGGCAACCCCCUGACGUACAACUUGCCGCUGGCAUACUUUUUCACCGUGGCUGUCUGCCUGUUCGCCUGCCUAGUCACCCUGGCUUACAGCCUCACCCGGUCGUACAAGCAGAACUACAUUGAGACGUCAAUAGGCGUGAAGGAUGUGUACUGUGCCAAAGUGUUCUCAGCCUGGGACUUCAGCAUAGCGUCUCGCGAGGCGGCCAUGCUCAAGUCACGCAGCAUCUACAACGAACUCAAGGAGCUGUUGUCAAUGGAACGGCGAGCUGUCGAGGCACCGCCCACAUGGGGGAUCAGGAUAGGCAAGUUCCUGGCCCGUGUCACGAUCAACCUGGUAAUCAUCGCCAUCAUGGUGGGGUCCGGCGCACUCGUGUACCACCUGCUGUCCAAGAAAUCUCUCGAGACUGAUGUUCCUGUGCUGGGCGAGAUGACGGUGUCCCUGACGGUGGGCACGCUGUGCUUUGUGCUGCCCACUCUAUUCUUGGCCCUGUCUCGGCUGGAGUUCAUCGAGCGGGUCCAGACCAGGCUGUACCUCAACCUGACCAGGGUGACCCUGGCCAAAAUGGUUCUCCUGGGUGUGCUCAUGUACUUCUGGCUGGCCUCCAAACAGCGCGAGGACAAGUGCUGGGAGAGUCGGCUCGGCCAGGAGCUGUACCGGCUUCUGGUGGUGGACACUGCAUUCGUCCUGCUGCUGACAACUGGUGUGGGCGAGUCCCUGCGCUCAGUCGUCUACAAGCACAUAACGCCACGCGUUGGGCCCCCCGAGCUGGACAUCGCGCACAACACCCUGGAUCUCAUCUACACCCAGACACUCGUCUGGGCGGGCAUGUUCUACUGCCCGCUGCUCCCCUUGGUGGGCUGUGUCAAGCUGGUGCUGACAUUCUACGUCAAGCGGGUGAGCGUCAUGUGCACGCAGCCAUCGGUGCGGCCCUGGCGAGCUGUGCACGCCCAGACCGUCUUCCUGGCUCUCACCUUCCUCAGCUUUGUGCUGGCCACGGGCGCCCUGGGAUACUCCCUGCUCAGCAUCCAACCGUCGAAGGUGUGUGGUCCGUUCAAAGGGCUGGAGACGACAUACACAGCCUUCCUGGCCCUGUUUGACCUUGAAGGGUGGUCCACUGCGGAGCAGACGGAGACCAGCCGUGUGUUCCAGUACCUGCUAUCUCCCUUCUCUUUCUUCCUCGGCAUUGUGCUGCUCAGCCUGGGUGUUUACUACAUGCGAGCCCUGGCCCGUGCCCAUGCCGAGAUGGUGUCUCUGCUCCGUGAGCAGCUCAUUAUGGAAGGGAAGGAUAAGGUGUUUCUGCUACAGCUCUUUGAAAAAGCAAUGGAGCAGAAGAUGGCUGCUCUAAAGUUUGGCACUGCACGGAAACGUCAGGGUGCCAGCGGUGACCUGACACCCUUAGACACUUUGCGACGACGUACAGGCGGCGGAGGAAGCGUAGCCGGGGGCAGCUCAACCGAGGGUUCCCCCCAGCGUACUUUUGGCAGCCUGCCCCGACCCCAGCAUCAGCAAGGCUUCCAGUACCUUUCCAAAUAGCAGACACCGAGGCCACCACUAAUGCCGUUGGGCCAAAGAAUUUAUCGUGUGAAAUAAACUUAUUACGUUAUGGUUGUGCA